GUACUAGAGGAAAAAUGGAAGGACAAAAUGGCUGCAAUGGCUCUGUACAAAUGCUCUCUCUGAAUUUUGGUGCGAAUGUCAACAUUGUUUCCCAAGUACCUGGAGAUUGUACUAACCACCACCAUGUUUCGGCUGCUGAUAGGAAUCUAAACCAAACUAACUUCCCCCACAUAAUUGAGUGGACUCAAACUGCAAAAAUGUCUCCGACCUUUGUUGAGUUUAUUGCUGAAACUUCAAACUUUCCUAGAAAGGAAUCUACCAAAGAUAUGAUAGCAGUUGUUCCUGUCAGUUCCAUUCAAACUAUUGAUGGAGUCUCUGAGAUUCAUGGAGAAAUUUCAUACAAUCAUCCCGCAGGUUCAUACACUUCAAAACCUACUGAUUCACGCAAGGACAAUAUGUCAGGUAGUCUAUCCAAGCCACGUACCAGUUCAUCAAGUAGACGAGGCUAUUCAACUGACCGUCAACGCAGGAUAAGGAUAGCUGAAAGACUCGAAGCAUUGCAGGCACUACUGCCUCUGGCUUCAAAGGGAAAUCAAGCAUCUGCUCUAGAUGAUGUCAUUGACCACAUCAAGUACUUACAGCUUCAAAUAAAGGACUUGAGUCAGAGUAAAAUAGGCGGAGAAUCCUCUUCUGAGCCUUUCCUAUUCGUUGAGGGAUAUGGCCAUUACAUGAGCCAUCACGAGAUGCAGGGCGAGCCACUUGAAGAGAUGGUAGGAAAAUUGCUGGAAGUUGACCCGUUAGCUGCUGCUCAGCUGCUGGAGAACAAGGGUCUAUUCGUGAUGCCCAUGGAUUUUGUUGAAGGAUUAUGCUGAACCAUUUAAUCAACCAUGGAGCUUCCUGUAUGAAACAGUUCUCUCUCGGUUAAUGCUUCUGCUUUAUUAAAGUACCUACGGCUUGUCAAUCACCUCACUUGAAAGUAAAGAUACCUGGGUAACACUGAAAAAUGAUAGUUUUGUUUGUCCGUAGCAUCAUUCCAUUUUGGGGAAAAAAAAAUCUCAC